AAGAAGUUCAUCCGAUUGGAAUUCUAUAUGCGAUUUGUCUACAUCAGUAAUUAAUCAAGACUCUCUUGAUAAGCUUCGAUUAUUAUUUAAUAAUGAAUCCGAAAAUAAUAAAUCUACUCAUCAUUGGGCUAAUUCCUGUUCUUUGCCUCAGCCAAACAAUAUUAUUCGAAAAUAUUCAUCCAAGAGACGAUGAAAAUAAUCUCGAAUUUCUCGAAUCAACUGAAUUUCUCUGCAAAAUUUCAAAUUCAACAAAAUCACUAAAUCUCAAUUACACCGGACUUGGAAAUCUUCCCGACAAUUUCAUUGAUCGACUACCAAUAAAUUGUAUAAAUCUCCAAGGAAAUCAACUUCGUUACAUUUCACUAUCAUUUUUCCCAAAUUUUCCAAAUCUCACAUUUCUAAAUCUUGCCUAUAAUUAUAUUUCAAUUGAAAAUUUAUUUUCAAUUGGUCCACACAAUAAAUUAGAAACAUUAAUUUUAGACAACAAUGCAGACAGUGAAUAUCACCUUCAAUCAAGUUUAUCAAAUAUUUAUCGUUUUGAAAAUUUAAAAAAACUCUAUCUUCGCAAUAAUAAAAUCAAAUCUUUCGAUUCUGGAUUUCGUGAACAUAAUUUUCCAAAACUGACAAAUUUAUACCUUUCGGGAAAUUCGGAAAAAACUGGUUCACUACAAAAUAGUUUGGUAAAUAUACCAAAAAAUUUGUUACACUUAGAAAUUGAAGACAAUGCCCUGUGUCACUUUAAUGGAACAAAUUUCAAAAAUUUAACAUCUCUGCACAUCGGAGGGAAUCAAUUUUCAAUAUUGGGCACUUCCGGUACAGCAUUUUUGAAAGUGGAAAAUAUGCCAAAUUUGAAAGAAUUGUCAUCGUCACGUUGUAAAAUUCGAACAAUCAAUAACAAUGCCUUCGAUGGAACGCAAAAUUUAGAAAAAUUAAAUCUUUCCGUAAAUUUAAUUGAUAAAAUUUUCGAGGGUACUUUGAAAAAAAUGAAAAAUUUAAAAGUUGUUUCCUUGAAUUACAAUCGAUUCUAUGAUAUACCAAAGGAACUUUCCCUCCCAACUUUAAAGGAACUUUACUUGAAUUUCAAUUCUAUUAGAAAAAUCGAAAAAAAUGCCCUCAGCGAUGCUGUGAAUUUGGAAAAAUUGUCACUCAAGGGAAAUGAUAUAAAGACAAUUGAAGAAAAUGCUUUUGCAAAUUUAGUAAAAUUAACUGACUUGAAUUUACGGGAAAAUGAAAUUUCGAAAUUUUAUCCCAAUUGGGGGAUGCAGUUGAAAAAUUUACAAACAUUGAAUUUAAUUUCUAAUGAUAUUUUAUUUACGGAUAGUUUUAAUUUUGAAAAUUCAACGGUAAAAAAUGUUUUUCUUGGCAGUCAAAAUUUGGUGAGAAUCACUUUUGGAAAAGUGAGGAAAAAUUUAAUUCUGCACGUGAAUGUAAAUGAAACUUUAGAAAGAAGUACGAAUUAUCACUAUCGAUAUACUAAUGAUUAUACGAUUCAAUGUAACAAAUAGUAAAAUUAAAAAAAUAUAAAUAUAGAAAAA